AGAAAAGGAGGCAAAGAAGAGAAAGGAGAAAGCGCCAAAGUAAGUCAAGCAAGUGUUGUACUACAAACCAACUGGAAACAAUGUGUGUGGAAAUCAGGCAGCGGUACUGAUAACGGAAAAAUUAAGGUAUACUUAAAUGGGAUAAGAUCAUGAAUAACACACUCCAGAACAAAAUUCAUUCCUUUUCAAAUAAAAUAUUCUCAAGAAGAACGUCCCCACUCUAAUCUAUGGAAUUUUUCCAAAGUAAUAACAUUUGGCAACACAUAUCAUAACAUAGAUUAAAAUUAAAUUGCAUUUCACUUGACUUUGUUUCUUGGGGAUAGAAAAUAGGAAAGCCAUCGUACAUGAGUAAAAUGAUUCCUGACUAUAUGGAUAUGGGCAACAAAACUUUAACCUAUUACCAAGUUUAAACUAUAAAGUAAUCUUGGCUACAACAACUGUUAUCUACAAGAGAGGAUAAUGGGACAGUAGAGAAGGAAACCACCAGACCUGCCCUUGGGAUAUGUGAAUUUCACCAAAGUUAUUUUUAGACCGAUUAGACCCUUAAUAAUAAUAAUAAUAAUAAUAAUAAUAAUAAUAAUAAUAAUAAUAAUAAUAAUGAUAACAAUAAUAAUAAUAAUAAUAAUAAAUUUUAUGUAACGAGGGUAACACGGGACAGUACUUUAACUGAAUAACUAGUGACCCUCAAACUAAAACUAUAAAACAAAAAUUAUGUGACCAAAAAUACAUAUCGUUAAAGAAAAAGAACUAUAUAUAUAUAUAUGAAUAAGACCUAAAAAGAGUAAAGACCAUAUUACAAUUAUAAAAUAUCCUUACAAUGAAUAUCUACAAACUAUGAUUACAAUAAGAAUACAACUAGGACAGGUCAAGCGAGAGGAAGGCUGUGAAAUGCCGGAUUAGCAUAAAACUAACAUAAAAAUGAAGUUUCACUUAAGCUAAAAUGAUCAACGUCAUUGUAUCUCUUUAAAAAAUCCGGAGCCUGGUCGCGGACACGCUCCUUAUUUUUCCAAGAACCGCUAUUCUCUGGGAUAACUUCUUACACAGUUCCUCAACGUGUACAUCAAAGGUUAAGUGUUUGUCAAUAGUAACCCUAGGAGUUUCUGACCAUCAACCUGUUCUAUGUCAGAGUUAUCAAGUUUGAGUUCCAGUGAACAAUCAUCAAGCUUGCAUGGUAUACGUUUCCCCGUAACAAGGAGACAUUUCGUCUUCGAAGCGUUUGUAACCCUUUUUUUGGCAGUCGACCACCGUGAGACGUCAUCUAGGUCCUGUUGAAGGGCUGAUGACAUGGCAGCAAGUCCAUUAGUCACGUCUGAUGAUAAACUGAGAGUAGUGUCAUCUGCAUAGAUGUCUACAGUAGAAUGCUGUGCUGCCGAUGGCAGAUCGUUAAUGAACAAGAGAAACAAAAUGGGGCCCAAAAUGCUCCCUUGCGGUACUCCGGACAACACAGUUCAAGGGAGGAAUGACAGCCAUUGAUGUGUACAUACUGUGUGCGUCCACUUAGAUAACUGCGUAGUAAGUCCAGCUCGUUAUCACGUACCCUAUAGGCUUUCAAUUUCUCUAAGAGCAGACCGUGGUCUAUGAGGUAAAAAGCCUUUUUAUAGUCAAUAAACACAAGCCCCUAUGCUCUGUUCCUGUCCAAGUCAAAGAGCAGCUGAUCGACUAGGCGGAUAAAAGGGCGGUCUCGGUAGAGUGGAAUUUGCGAAAGCCAGACUGAAACCUAUGUAGCAGAACAUUUAAAAACGCUUGAAAUUCAUGGGAGGUUGGUCGUUGGCGGAGAAGUUCUCAAUUUCAUUCAAUUUUAAUGUCAAGAAAAAAUAAUGGAGCAUUAUAUUCUCUUGAUGUGUCGCCAUUAAAAUAUUCUGCAUUGUUUGCUUUGAGGCAGUCGCGUGUGAACUCGAUGACGUUUCAAACAAUAGAUUGAGAUAUGCAGAUUUUCCAGGAAUCAGAGUUCCGUUUAGUUACAAACUCUAAAGAUACAUGUAACUUGAAUGAGAUUCAUAUAUCCUAUUCAACGCAAUAAGAUUCCUCAAUUCUCUGUCCCAUAUUCUCUAUUGACAUCGUCAUUACCAUUUCCAUCGACUCAGUAAAGCAUGUUUGAUCAUAUUCCAGGACUGAGCGUUUAACAAACAACAUUCUAGCUCAGUACUCAGAGUUGCAUUCUAGGAAAACAUGAGGUUCUGGGAUACUUAUGCUCAAAAAAAUCAUAAUCUGCGUUGUCAUCGGUCAUCUGAGGGGUACUGGGAAAACAUCCCACAAGGCUCCGUUAGAGUGGAAUUAUCGGUAGGACAAUGUUUUGGCGGUGAUACCCUGGGUGAUGCUAGCACCGGGUGGAAUUCAGUGUCCUGGAUAAUGAUUGAAGAAGUCUCUAGGCCCCACUCCUAA